CCUUUCUUCCCCUUUUGUUAUAUACCUAAAAUAUAUAUAUAAAAAAAAAAAAAAAAAAAUUAACGCGGGUUGUGGGGUUAUUGUCGACAUAGAGAAGAAAAAUCAAAAUUAGAAAAAAAAAAAAAAGAUAAAUAGACGAUGAAUGCUACACUGCAGUUUAUGAAUAAUAGCUUUGACUCAUUAAAGAAGAAGGAUCCUUUCUCUGAUGAGAUUCUUGCGUUAUGGGUGCCAGUGGCUUCAUAUUGGCUAUUUUCUACCUUCUUUCAUUUGCUCACUAAAGCCAACAUACCUUACUUUGAACAAUACCGAAUUCACUCGAUAGGAGAUAUGCAAAAGAGAAAUAAAGUAAGUAUGGCUCGAGUACUCAGUAUGGUGGCCUUACAACAACUCAUUCAAGUCGUGCUUGGCAUAUUGGUACUACACCCUCUAGACCCAGUCUCUUACGCUAUCAGGGAAGAAAACACUAUCAACUCUAUCACUGCCUUCUUUUUCAAUCACUACCAUUCCAUACAUUUCGCUCAUAUUCUCGCCAAAUAUAUUUAUUUCGUCCUUUUACCAUGUCUGCAGUUCCUAUCCGCCAUGUUUAUCAUGGAUGCUCAUCAGUACUUCUUUCACCGUCUGUUCCAUAUGAACAAAUUCCUGUAUAAACAUGUACAUUCUCAUCACCACCGUCUCUAUGUGCCCUAUGCCUUUGGAGCACUCUAUAAUCAUCCCAUAGAGGGAUUCUUUAUGGAUUCACUUGGAGCUGCUAUUGCCAUCGAAGUGACAAGAAUGACACCUCACAUGAGUAUGCUCUUCUUUACCUUUUCCACUAUUAAAACAGUCGAUGAUCAUUGUGGCUAUGCACUUCCAUGGGACCCACUACAAUUCCUUUUCGGAAACAAUGUCCAAUAUCAUGACAUUCAUCAUCAAUCGUACGGCGUCAAGAGGAAUUUCAGUCAACCAUUUUUCACUAUUUGGGAUAAAUUACUAGGCACAGAAAUGAGUAUCAAGGAAGCCGAAAAGAGAGGAGGAUUCAAAAAGAAUACCACAUAAUUUCCCUUUUUUUUUAUUUAAUAUUUACUGUUUUACCCUUAUUUACCACACCACCAAUUAUUAUUAUUAAUUUUUUUUUUAUUUUUUUUUUUUAAUACACCCAUACCAACUUUUUAUAAUGCUAAAACUAAAAA